AUCCAGAUUAUCUACAGGUACUGCGACUUUCUCGGAAUGAUGCUACGGGGUUCUCAUACUCGGCGGAUCGGAGGUGUCUUCUUUCAUGCUUCUCUUCUUGGAGUGAUCAUGUUGUUGAUCUGUCAAAAUGUUGCCAAGGCGGACGAAGUACCAGCGUUCUUCCUCAAGAUAGCAAAAAUGAAAACUUUGCCUCGAGUAGGUCGAAGCGGAAGAUUCGAAGAUUUCUUUUACAAAGCCGAAAAACAUAUACCUCGGAUUGGUAGAAAUACUCAGCAGGAUCACACACAGCAAGACACUUACUUCGAUUUAAAUAAAAGGCGCAUAGAUUAUCCCCAGAAAGCGGAAGAAUGGUCAUGGCAAAAUUUUCCUCUUGCGAUUGAAGGACCAAAAGAAUUGUGGCGAGCAUUAGCUGGAUAUUCAAGGGAUGGCGAUGAUAUUGAGAAUGAAAUAUGGCAGAGGAAGAAAAGAACCGGAACUGGAGCAGUGACCACGCAAGCAAAAUAGCAUAGACAUAGCAAUUCUUCAUCGCUUUGGAAACGCUAAAUGCUAUCGUUAUGUAGCCUUUGCUGGGCUAUGUGGUGACGGGAAAUAAUCAAAAAAAUAAAUACUUAAAUACAAACUAUGGUUUCGCUUUCAUUCUUCUUUUUUGCUAAAUUUGGAGAAAUUUUAAAAAUCGUAGAAAAUAAAUUAGCUGUUUAAAAUGCAGAUUCUUAAAUAUGUUUCAUAAUCAAACAAAUUUACUGGUUGUUCUUAUCAAUGUAUAAAUAUUUAUCUGAU